CGAGCUUCCACGUUCAGCGCUUUGUUCCGCUCUACUGUCGGUCCAUGCAUAUAGGAAGCGAAUCGAUUAUGCUUGAAAGAUAGUGAGGCGUAAAACGAUGCCAAUGUAAAACAACACAGCUCAAAACCAAGAGCAAAAGGAGAACGAAGACAGGCAGACGAGGAUGGAGGAACAGAAGGAGGAUCCCUCGUUCUUGGACAGGAGGCCGCAGACGGUCGAGGCGAAUGGAGGAAGUCUUAGUCACCAGCCGUCUCCUCUUCCUGAACUGCGUGUGGUUUUACUCGGCCGCAAAGGUGCCGGGAAGAGCUCAGCUGGAAAUACCAUCCUAAGCCUGGCAGGAGGGUUUGAGACGAAUAAACCGACCGAGGAGUGUGUGAAGAGGCGUGCCGACGUGGAGGGAAGGCGCGUCACGGUCGUGGACACACCAGGAUGGGAAUGGUACUAUCCGGGGAACGGGACUCCCGGUUGGGUGAGGAGAGAAACCAAGCGAAGCAUGUCCUUGUGUCCGCCCGGCCCUCACGCCGUUCUUCUAGUGGUGCGAUCCUGUACGUCAGUGACCGCCGACUACCAUCAGCAGAUCGAGGAGCACCUGGAGCUUCUGGGAAAAGCGGUGUGGGAUCACACACUGGUGCUGUUCACACGCGGGGACGAACUGGGCUCCAUUCCCAUCGAACAGAGGAUUCGAAACGGAGGCAAGGCCUUCCAGAGGCUCCUGGAACGAUGUGGGAACCGAUUUCACGUUCUGGAGAACAAGAGGCGCCUCGAUGAUGGAUCGCAGGUGAAGGAACUGAUGAGGAAGUUGGAUGAGCUGGUCGGAGAGAGAGGAGGGAGAUAUUAUGAGAUGGAUGUGCUGCUUCUGGAGCUGGAGGCGGAGAGUAAACGGAGGGCGAGAGAAAGGAGGAAGAAACAGAGGCUGAUGGAGGCGCAGACGCACAGAGGAACCAUCAGAGCCGUGCUGACGAACGAUAACACUCAAACUGAAGACAUGGAUGAGAGGAAUCUCUUCUCCAGAGGUUCACGGCGUCUCCCGGAGCUGAGACUGGUUCUGCUGGGAGAGAGAGAGACGGGGAAAAGCUCGGCUGGGAACGCCAUCCUCGGAGGACCCGGACACUUUCAAAGCGGAGAGGCGACGGAGGAGUGUUCGAGACAGCAGAUGGAAGUUUCUAACAGACUGGUGACGGUGGUGGAUGUGCCUGGAUGGGAGGGCGGACCGGAGGGAACAACUCCUGAGAGAGUGAAGCGAGAGAUUGGAAUGAGUGUGAUGUUGUGUCCUCCCGGACCUCAUGCGUUUCUUUUGACAUUGCGCGUGGAUGCGUUUGUCCAAGCCCAGCCGGUGCGGGAGCACAUGGAGCUUCUGGGGGAGGCGGUUUGGAGACAUACGUUGCUUCUGUUCACGAGGGGCGACCAGCUGCGAGAGGGAGUCACCAUUGAGCAGCACAUACAAGGAGGAGGAAAGGAACUUCGCUGGCUGGUGGAACGAUGUUCAAAUAGGUUCCAUGUCAUCAGCAGCAAUUCUAAUUUGGAACCUCGGAAUUCCAAAACACAAAUAACGGAACUUCUGGAGAAGAUUGAAAAGAUGGCGGCGGUAAAUCGAUGCGAGGCCUUCUCCCCGCUAGUGCAUGAGAUUCAAGAGCUGGGAAGACAAAAAAACGAGAAAAUUCAACUGAAGGUCAAGGAGUUUAGUGAGAAGCUUCAACGACAGGACGAAGAACUGAAGAAGAUGAAGGAACGAGAGGUCAAGAGCAUUCGGUGGUUUUUCGAAAGACGCAAGAAAGACAAAGUCCAAUCUCCCGGGAAGGCCGAGAGGGAAGAGACGCCGUACAAAGGCGAAGAUGACAGGAGGAGUGUGAUGGGCGAGCUGGAGGAGAGGAUGGCGUGGUUAACGGAAGACAAGGAGCGAGAGAUACAUGACCUGAACGCCGAAAUAAGCAAACUCAUGGUGACUCACCAUCAGGGACUGAAAGAGAAAGAGCAACUGCUAAUGAGAUCAGAGGAACGAGAGCGAGAGGGGGAGGAACUUAAAGAGAAAGUGGAUGAGCUUCAAAUUAAACUGCUAGAACAGGAGCGCUUGGCUGCCGUGAAAGAGCAAGAACGAAAAGAGAGAGAGGCCGAAAUUCAGCGAGCACAUUUGGACGAGAAGAAUGAACUUCAAAAUAAAUUGUUGGACGCUGAAAAAGAGACUGAUAGGAUGAGAGGAAAGGCUGAGGAAAGUCAAAAAGAGAUGGAUUCAUUACAACGCAGGUGUGAAGAAGAGGCCAGGCAAAAGGAGAGCAAACUGAAAGAGAAGGACAAUGAAAUUGAAAACAUUUUAAGAGAAAUCGAGGAGGUGAAACUUAAGGCUGAGAGCAGAGAAAGAGAACAAGGUGAGAUAUUCAGGGAAAAGGUUGAGAAGAGAGAGAAAGAGAUGAGAGGGGUAAUCGAGAUGAUGACAAAAGAGAUGGAGCAGCUGCGAAUGUCCAAUCGAGAGCAAGCGAAAACGACCGAAGCCGAGAGAGAAAUGCAUGGAGACCUUAUGGAGAAAUACAACACGCUCAUAGAUAAACUUGAAGGGAAAGACAAAGAAAUAGAGCGAACGAUGAGAGAGAAGGAAAGAGAGCAGAAUCGAAAUGCUGAAACGCGAGAGAAGCUUCGGCAAAAAGAAGACGAAAUAGUCGAAUUGAGACAGCGAGAUCAUGAAAAGGACAGAGAAUUGAAGACACUGAAGCAAAACAUUAGCGAAAAACAGAGGGAUACAGAAAAGUUAAAAGAAACCAUACAGGCAAACACUGAUAAACACACAGCGGAGCGUAAAGUUUGGGAGGAAGAGUUGAAAGCAAAAGAAGACGAAAUUGACAAGUUAAAACAAAGAAACCUAGAGAAUGAGAAAUGCGUCGACAAACUGAAGCAAAACAUUAGCGAAAAACAAAAUGAUAUUGACAAGUUAAAAGCACGUAUUGAAGAACAUGCGGCUCAACUAAAGCACCAACAGGGGGAAUUCAAAGUAAAAGAGGAGGAAAAUGAAAAAUUAAGACAGAGAGUCCAGGGGAAAGAAGAAGAAAUUGACACACUUAGGCAAAGCAUUAGCGAAAAACAAAAGGACAUUGAAAAGUUAAGAGACUGUAUUGAGUCGCAUGCUGAAGAAAGUGCAGCUCGACUGAAGCAUUUAGAGGAAGAGCUGAGGAUAAAAGAGGAGGAAAUAACCCAAUUAAAACAAAGAGACGAGGAGAAACACAAAGAAAUUCAUACACUUAAGAAGAAUAUUAUUGGCCAACAGCAGGAAGCUGAAAGACUGAAAGACAUCAUUCAGUCAAAUAUUGACGAAAGUGCAGUUCAAAUGAAACGUUUAGAUGACGAAUUCAAAAUAAAAGAUGAGGAAAUAAUCCAAUUAAGGACAAGAGACCUGGAGAAAGACAGAGAAAUGAACACACUGCGUGAAAACAUUCACGAAAAACAAAAAGACAUUGAAAAGUUAAGAGAGAGUAUUCAAGCACAUAUUGAGGAAAGUGCAGCUCACCUUAAACACUUAGAGGAGGAGCUACAAACAAAACGAGAAGAAAUAACCAAAUUGAAUCAGAGAGAUAUGGAAAAAGACAAACUGCUGCAAACAAUCAAUGAAAAGCAUGUAAGAGACAUAGAAAAGUUGAAAAGCAGCAUUCAAGCGAAUACUGAGCAAGGUGCGGUUCAACUAAAACUUCUAGAGGAGGAGCUUGACGUGAAGAUGGAGGUCUACAAAAGAAAGAAUACGGUGAUGGAAAAGGAGAUGGAAAAUAUAAAGAAACAGUUCGAGGAAGCAAAACUAAAAAUUCAGAUGAAAGAGAAUAUCAUCAGUCAGUUACAACAGCAACAAGCGGACACUGAAAGACGCUCGGAAGAGCUGAAACAACAGAAAAUGCGUAACGACGCCCUACAAAACGUGAACGCAGAACUGGAGAAAGAGUUCGAAGAGCUGAAGCUCAAGUGUGAGGGACUUCAGACUUCAGCGGAGAGCUAUGAGAUCCAGAUGAACGGGUUAGAACAACAGCUAGACGAGUUAAAACGGCUGCUGGAGGAGAAGGAGAGCGAUAUGCGAGACAUGAAGGUGUAUUACGAGGAAAGACAUAAAGAGCAUGAGACGGAGGUAGAACAGGAGCUUUGCAGAAGAGAGAGGGAGGUAGAGAGGAAAGAAGAGAAAUUAGCACAAAACAAACAAGAUUUGUUAACUAGAGAGGGUGAAGUUAAUAGGAGAGAACAAGCGCUAACAGAUGAAAAGCAGGAUUUGGAGGUGCAGAUGUACAGGAUUAGAGAAGAGGAGAAGAAUCUGGAAAACGAGGCCCAGAAUAACCAACGUUUAGCUGUAGAUCUGAUGAGAAUGAGAGAAGAGAUUGAGAAAAGAGCAGAAGGGCUUAUGGUUCAAGAGGAAAAAUUAAAGGAGCAAGAGCAGCAGAUGAAACGUCGAAAGGAUGAACUACAAGCAACGGAGAGGAUGUUGGAGAGCAAGGAGAUGGAAAUUAAAGACCUGACUGAAAAGCAGGAGAAAGAUAUGGAGAAUCGUAGGGAGCAGCUGGAAAGGAGAGAAGAGGAGCUGUUCGAAAUGGAGGAGAAAUUUGUUAAAGAGCAACACAGGCUUAAGGGAGAAGAACAAGCCUUGGAGAUGCUCAGAGCAAAUCUGGAAACGAGAGAAAGUGAACUUCAUAAACGAGAGCAGAUGUGGGACGUUAAAACUCGUGAGCUUUUAAAGCGCUCAGAGGAACUUGAAAAUAACAAACACAACGCGGAGAAAAGGCAAGCCGAGUUGAGCAACGAGGAAAGUAAUAUUCGGCAAAAAAUAAAAGGAUUGCAAGAAAAGGAGCAAGAACUUGACCUCAAAGGUCAAAGGCUGAUGGAGCAAUGGGACAGUACUCGACGUGAACAUGACCUGGAGCUUGAGAGCAUUAGAGAAGCGUUGGGAAAAAGGGAGCGAGAGCUGAUUAAAGGUGAAGAAGAGCUUUCUCAACGAGAGCAAAAGCUGAAAAGUGAAGAAAUCUAUUUCGAGAAAAGAGAGCAAGUCAUGCAAAAACGGGAAGAACAGCAUGGAGACCUGUUACGCGGUCUGAAGAAACAGCAGGAUGUUUUGAAAGACAGAGAACGCUCUUUAGACACCAGAGAAACAGACCUGCGUCAGCUGGAAAUGCAGCUCGCGGCGAAAGAUGACGAAAACAAAUUUCUGCAGAACCAAGAGAGCGAUUUUGAGGCCAAAACCCAAAUGCUAGAGCUCCUAAAAACAACACUAGAUGCGAGAGAAAAGGAGCUUGAGGAACGUCAAAACCAACUGGACAGCAGAACGCAGGAGGUAAAUAAUGAACGAGACAAGCUGGAAAGGAAGCGCGAGGAACUUGACAAAUGGGAGAAGUAUUUGUACAACACAGAGCUUAAAUUGAUACACAAAGAGCCUUCCACAUGGGCAAACAGUGCUGAAAUGAAUGGGAAACAAAUGGAAGGUGAAGACAUCCAUCUAAUGCAUCAAGACAUAGUGGAUGAUGGUGGGAUUUGCAAUGCAAAAAACACAAGAAGUGAAGAGCGAUUGGUGUUGGCUACUAUGAAGUGUGUAAACAACAGAUCGGUGAAGAACCAGAGGGUUAAACGAACACUGCAGGCUAAGCAAAUUCAGGAAGAUGGUGAGAUUGACAAUUCUGAAGGCGAAAGUGAGGAAGACUUCUUUGAAUCUUCAAGCACCAUCGGAUGUUCACCCUGGCCCGUGUCUGAUCUAAGGCUUAUGAUUAUAGGAGACUCCUGGUCGUCCCGUCACCCAGCGAGAUGCACCCUCGUGGGGCCUGAUGCAAAUGAAUGCAACCCUUGGAGAGGAGAGAUUUCCGGCAGGCAAGUCACUAUUGUAGAGCCUCAGGGCCUGAAAUGGAGAUCUGGGAUUGACAAUAAAGGCACAUUUCAAAAACAUCUCUCUCAAAGUGUCUCUCUGUGUCAACCUGGACCACAUGCAUUCAUCCUUGUGAUUCCCGCUUAUGUAUCCUUCACUGGUCAGUACAGGCGUGCAGUGGAACGUACCGUAUCAGCGUUAGGGGAAACAUCAUGGAGACACACUAUUGUUCUGCUCACCUGGGGGGAAACAUUAGGAGAGAGCGGCCCGCAACACGUGAAGAGAUACGGUGACCUGGAGAGGCUGGUUCGCAGGUGUGGGAAUAGAUGCCACGUGCUUGACAACAGAUAUCGGGAAUCUCACGUGGUUAAGUUGCUGGAGAAAGUUGAGGAGAUGCUUGGAGGAAACAAUGGAUGUUGCUACAAACUGGACUGAAAAGGAGUGUUGGUUUUAUGACUGUGUGAAUUACAUUUAAAUAUAUAGACCUAUCUGGUAGAUUCUUGGCUUUUAAACUAUAUUUAUGUGUUUAGGUGUACAAAUGAAAAUAAAUCAGAUUUUCAAAAAA